CUCAGUCAAGUCUCUUCCUGCCAAAAUAGUCAAUCAUUAUAAAUUUAAAACGACUGGAAAAAUCACUAAACGUUUCCAUUUCCACUGAGUUUCUUUCUGCUUUCAUGUUCACUGUUCUACCUCUGAAUUUUCAACACGAAGAAAACAGACUUUUUCCUCCUCUUUUCCUUUUGACUUUUGCUUCGUUGGAGUCUUUGUUGGAAAAGGAGAAAGCAAAAACAAAGGACGAAAGCACAUAGCAGGCUUCCUACCCGUUUCUUAUGCUCCUAUCAAGAAAGAACCCCUAACCCCACUCUUACAUUCAGUGUGGAACUCAACUGACUAAGCUUCUUUCUUUGAGUUUUUCUUCUUCACAUAUGCCCUCAAGACUGGGAUAUUUUUACCUCCUGGGUUUGCCGUGCUUUGUUCUGCAUGUUUGCAUUUUAGGCUAUGCUACUUGAGUUUUAAUUCUUUCCUUUCUUGUUGUUUUUCUCUUUUCAUUUCCUUAAUAUUUUCUCAAUUUUGUAUCUUUUUGGGGUGUUAUCAUUUUAAUAAUUGUCUCCCUUCCUGGGAAGGGGCUAAGUUUUGUAGAUUGAGUUUUAUGCAGAACCCUUGAUAGAUUGUAGAUUUCUUUCUCUGAUGAAUUUCUGCUGGGACAUGGCUUUGAAUGGCAAAGCCCUAGCAGUUCUCGGGUAUAACUUGAUCUGCUUCGCGUUGGUAUUGCUGAGUGGUAGAGUAUGCCAAGCCACUCCGAAUGAUAUAGAGUGCUUGAAAUCAGUUAAGGCCUCUCUAGAAGAUCCUUAUAGCUACCUAAGCUCGUGGAAUUUCAACAACGGCACCGAAGGCUUUAUAUGUAAGUUUACUGGUGUGGAUUGCUGGCACCCGGACGAAAACAAAGUUCUCAAUAUCCGCCUUUCGGAUUUGGGUCUUAAGGGACGCUUCCCUCAAGGCAUUGGGAAAUGUGAAAGCUUGACAGGUUUAGAUCUUUCGAGUAACAAGCUGUCAGGCCUCAUUCCUUCUGAUAUAUCCGAGAAACUUAAGUAUGUGACGACCCUUGAUCUCUCAGACAACAAUUUUUCCGGUCCCAUCCCGCCGAGUCUUGCAAAUUGCAGUUUUCUAAAUGUACUUAAACUCGGCAACAAUAGGUUAACUGGUGCAAUUCCGCUUCAACUUGGUGUUCUCAACCGCAUCAAGACAUUCAACGUUGCUAACAAUCAAUUGUCAGGGCAAAUCCCUGACUUUGGUCCCAAUGUUACUAUCCAAGCAGAUAGCUAUGCAAAUAAUCCUGGACUCUGUGGGAAAAUUUUGCAGCCCUGCCCAGGUAUUCCAAUGAAAUCUCGGGUUGGCACUAUUGCAGCAUCAGCUGUUGGUGGGGUAACAAUCACAGCAAUUAUUGUGGGCAUCAUCUUAUUCUACUUCUCUCGUGGAGCCGCUAUGAAAAAGAAGGAAGACGAUCCUGAAGGCAACAAAUGGGCCAAGACCAUAAAAGGCAAGAAAGGCAUCAAGGUUUCGAUGUUUGAAGAGUCUGUCUCAAAGAUGAGGCUGAGUGACCUGAUGAAUUCAACUAAUGAGUUCAGCAAAAGCAAUAUCAUAGGAAUGGGAAGAACGGGAACAAUGUACAAGGCGAUGAUUCCUGACGGUUAUUGUCUUAUGAUUAAGAGGCUGGAAGACUUUCAACGUUUGGAGAAAGAAUUUGUGUCUGAGAUGAAUACACUUGGGAGUGUGAAACACCGCAACUUGGUUCCCCUAUUAGGUUUUUGUGUUGCAAAGAAGGAGAGAUUUUUGGUGUACAAGUACAUGGAAAAUGGGACACUUUAUGAUAAGCUACAUCCAGCUGAACCUGAGGUCAGGAACAUGGACUGGCCCUUGAGACUCAGAAUUGGGAUUGGAGCAGCCAGAGGUUUGGCAUGGCUUCAUCACAAUUGCAAUCCCCGAAUAAUUCAUCGAAACAUUAGCUCAAAAUGCAUCUUGUUGGAUGGGGAUUGUGAGCCCAAAUUAUCUGAUUUUGGACUUGCAAGGCUCAUGAACCCUAUCGAUACUCACUUGAGUACUUUUGUCAAUGGGGAGUUUGGGGACCUCGGAUAUGUUGCUCCUGAGUAUCCCAGAACUCUAGUAGCUACCCCAAAAGGAGAUAUUUAUAGCUUUGGAGUUGUUCUCUUGGAAUUAAUUACUGGAGAGAAACCCACCCAUGUGGUCAAUGCCCCAGAAAGCUUCAGGGGAAGUUUAGCUGAGUGGAUCACACAGCUGUCAAGCAGUUUUCUUCUUCAAACUGCCAUAGAUAAAUCUUUACUAGGAAAUGGUUUUGACAGUGAAGUAAUGCAAUUCCUGAGAGUUGCUUGUAACUGUGUGUUGCCGACUCCGAAGGAGAGACCAACCAUGUUUGAAGUCUAUCAGCUUCUGAGAGCCAUCGGGGAAGGAUAUCAUUUCACAACUGAAGAUGAGAUUAUGCAACCCUCUAACAGCAAUAACACUGAUGUUCCGGAACUUAUUGUAGCUCAGGAAGCAAAGUAGGUUUAGUGAAGGAAAAAGGAGAGAGAGUUAGAGUGCUUGAUGCCGUAAGAAAAGGCAUCUGCAGAUUUGUGAUGUUUUUAGUAGCAUGCUAUAGAAUAUUAUGCAUAGAUGAGAUGUCUUAAUACCAAUC